AUGUGGCUUCGGUCGAAGACGUUGGCGAGGCCUGCGGCACGAUCCAGAUUCUCGUCGUCGAGCGGCAGGCGCGCCAGACCAGCCAUAUGCGCCGUACAGCUCCGGCCGAGGACCGAGUGCUCCGCCGAGCAGCUCGAGCGGUGGCUCUGUGAGGGCCGUGCCCUCCUCGAGAAGAGUCUGCGAUCCCGGCGGCCAGCCGACUCGGUGCCGACCAGCGCCAUCAUCGGCGAGGCCUCCUGCCACAGCCGCUCCUGCUACCAGUGGAUCCAUAUCCCAUCGGGGGAUGUGAGCGCGCCGAGCACAGUAGCCAUUGUGUUCACGCGCAACGACGACCUCCACCUCUGGCGGUCGUCCACGGAGCGCCAGGCCUGGCUGGAUCGCGGCGCCGGGCUCGCGAGGGACGGCGCGUCGCUGCUAGUCGACGCCGAGAAGAUCACGCUGCAGCGUGAUGACGGCAGUUUGGGCGGCUGGUUGCCCGCCGACGGCAGCGGCACCGCCGAGCAGCCCCUCCCACCGCCGCCGUCGUGGAAGGUGGCGGCCACGGUGCUGCUGCCGAUGUUUUGCGUGCAGGAGCUCAACCGCGCCGCCAUCCUGCCUGCACUCGCGACGACCGAGGUGUGGGCGGCGCUGCCACCGACGGUGCAGAUGUUCUCCGCGUGCUCUUGGACGGCGGGCAUAGUCACCGUGCUCCUCCUGCCGCGCGCGCGCCGCCUGAUGGAGCGCAUCGGGUUCAUCGGUGGCGCGCGAGGCUGCCCCAAUGCCGCCGGACUCGCCCGCAGCGGCGGCACUCUGGCCCUGCUCUACGGCGGCGUGGUCGCAUUCGGCAUUGCGGCGAGCGAGGUCACUGGCGCAACAGGAGCACCGUACAGGUGGGACGCUGCGCGCAACCGGGAAAAGGCACAGCAACAGCAGGGCGCCAGCGAGUACGCGCGAUGA